AAAAUAACUGUCUGAACUCUGAAACACUUGUGAAGGAUAGACAAACCAAGAUUCCAGUGUACAAUGGACAGUGAAUCGUGUUCCGGUGCUAAGACGCCACUGCUCGGUAGGAGCGGGAAACGGUUAAUGAGUAGGAAGAACUCCGUGAGGACGCUGACGUCGGAGUUCGUGUCGAGGUUGCCGGAGAAAGUGCGGUGUGGAAUUAAUGAAGAGUCUCCGUGCGACAUUGAUGUCUCCAAAACCAACGGCUUGACGAAAGGAGAAAAGGAGUACUACGAAAAACAAUUUGCAACCUUGAAAGCCUUUGGGGAAGUUGAUGCUUUAAAUGAAACUGUUUUUGAGGAAACUGAUCAAGAUGGAGAACACAUCCAACCAGAUAGAGAGCAAAUCCAACAAGAAAGAGCCAUGAAGAUUUCUAACUAUGCAAACAUAGUCUUGCUGAUACUCAAGAUCUAUGCUACGAUAAAGAGUGGAUCCAUAGCCAUCGCAGCAUCAACAUUGGACUCUUUACUUGAUCUCAUUUCUGGUGGCAUACUUUGGUUCACCCAUCUUUCAAUGAAAAACAUAAACAUCUAUAAAUAUCCCAUUGGAAAACUGAGAGUGCAGCCAGUAGGCAUAAUUGUCUUUGCUGCUGUCAUGGCUACACUGGGCUUUGAGAUUUUGAUUGAGGCUGUAGAGCAACUAAUUGAAGACAAGUCUUCAGAGAGUAUGUCCUCAAAUCAGUUGAUAUGGUUGUAUGCCAUCAUGUUAACUGCCACGGUGGUAAAACUUGCCCUCUGGCUUUAUUGUAGAACUUCCAAAAGCAAGAUUGUCCGUGCUUAUGCAAAGGAUCACUACGUUGAUGUUGUGACCAACGUGGUAGGCUUAGUUGCAGCAGUUCUUGGUGAUAGGUUUUACUGGUGGAUUGAUCCUGCAGGUGCUAUUGCCCUUGCACUGUACAUAAUCACUAAUUGGUCGGGUACUGUUAAGGAAAAUGCAAUUUCACUUGUGGGACAAUCAGCUUCGCCAGAUUUCUUGCAGAAAUUAACAUAUCUGGUAAUAAGGCACCCUCAAGUCAAGCGUAUUGAUACAGUCCGCGCGUACACCUUUGGUGUUCUCUAUUUUGUUGAGGUUGACAUAGAACUCCCUGAAGAUUUGCCUUUAAAAGAGGCACAUAAUGUUGGAGAGGCCCUGCAGAUAAAAAUAGAGAAAAUUCCAGAAGUUGAGCGGGCAUUUGUUCAUCUCGACUUUGAAUGCGAACACAAACCUGAGCAUUCUAUCCUCGACCGGCUUCCCAAUACUGAAUCUUGAUCUUGGAGCACCUUGUGCAGUUGAAAGAACGGUCAUUGAGUUCUGAAGAUUUUCAUGAUAAUACUCUUCAGACCCUCUUCGGAGGAUGGCUGAAAGGUUUUUCAAGAAAAACUUUGGCAUAUUUUACUGCAUCCUUUAAGAUUUUGUAGGAUUUUAUUAAAUGAAACUAUCACUUCAUAUGUAUCCAACCUCUAAUAUCAGAAU